AGUGAGGACAGGAGUCCCUGCGAGGACACACACCCUAUAGCAGCCAUGGACUCAAACAAACAAGAAGGAGAGACUGAAAGUGUGCCUGUGAGUAACCCCGCAACACAGAUUUCCCAGUUGCAGGCUUUAGCCUCUGAGUUGAAGGCGGGUUUCACAGAAGCAAUGCAGGAGCUGUCACGAAUCCAGCAUGGCGAGUAUGCCCUGGAGGAGAAAGUCAAGAGCUGCCGCUGUGCCAUGGAGGAGAAAGUGGCUGAGAUGAAGAACUCCCUCAAUACGUUCAAGGAGGAGCUCAGCGAUGCAAAGUCAAUGAUUGAAGAAAUCAGUGCCAAGCAGGAGGAAAUGCAACAAAAAAUUGAGCAGCUGCAGCAAGAGAAGCGUCGGGAAUCACGGAAAGUGAAAGCAAAAAGAGCACAGAAGGAUGACCACAGCUCACAGACAGUACCCACACCUCUUCAAGGCAGCCCAUUUCGAUCCAUUAACCUCCCAGACCCUGUGCUCAUCAAUGAAGAUUUCACUAGCCUUUUGCACAACGUGACCUACGAAAAAGUGUCUGACACGAGGAUCAUGCCAAUGGGAGAAGGGGCUGUGAAAGUCAUAGCAGGUCCAGGAGCCAUAGAGACAGACGAAAGCCUCAAGCCUUCUUUGACAACAGAGGGGCAGUCAAAGGUGCAUCUGCCUUCAACAGUGUGGAAGCAGCCCAAGGACACCAAGGACUGGGGAGAUGAAUAUAUAUCCAAAGAGCAACCAGAGAGAGGGAAAGAUAUGGGCCAAAGCAGAUAUAGCUCUGCAGACAACAUUAUAUGUGAACCCUCUUUGGCUGCCAAAAGGCAGAACAUUGCUUUGGAGCUGCUAGAGUCAGAAAGGAAAUAUGUGAUCAAUCUUUCCCUAAUCCUAAAGAUCAAGGCCAGAGUGCAAGGGCCAGAUGUGAAAAGGAGCACCAAAGAGAGAAGUUUCUUUCCCAACUCUUUGCGGUACCUGGUCCAGCAGCAUGUCGAUUUACUUCACGCUCUACAGGAGAGAGUCUUGAGCUGGCCCCGCCAAGGGAUACUAGGAGACAUCUUCCUGAAGCUGACAAAUGAUGAGAACAAUUUUCUGGACUACUAUGUUGCUUACCUGAGGGACUUGCCAGAAUGCAUCUCUCUGAUCCACGUGGUGAUCCUGAAGGAGGUAGAAGAUGAAAUUAAAUCUGAUCUCUACAUUCUGUUCUUCCAUAUAGUCCAGCGAAUCCCUGAAUACCUUAUUCACCUACAGAAUGUCCUGAAGUUCACGGAGCAAGAACACCCUGACUACUACCUGCUGCUCGUGUGUGUGCAGCGUCUCCGGGUCUUCAUCUCGCACUACAGCCUCCUCUUUCAGUGCAAUGAGGACCUGCUCAUACAGAAGCGCAAAAAGCUGAAGAACACGACGAUGGAUUUCUCCUCCCUCAGGUCAUCCCUGGUGAAGCUGUACAAAGGUCUCACCUCCCAGUGCACGAGCCAAGAGGUUUCUCCCACACCAAGUGCAACCUCUAUUCGUGACAGCGGGAUGCACUCUGAAGAAACCAUCCAGUCAUUUCCACCAGCACCUUCCUCUGGCACGACAACCCCGCAUUUGAUGCCCCAGAUGAAGAAAUCUCAACCGGCUGUGAUGGAGAACAUCCAGGCUGUAAAACCCCCUGACUGGGAAAUGGAAAGUAGAAAACACGAGAGGCCAGAAAACAUCCUUGCAUCUUCUCAGCUCACAGAGCAGGAACUCAAGGCUCUGACAGCUCCCUUACAAUCCAUCCCCGAAAUGGAGUACGAAGCACCACCAGCUGAUGCAGUGGGAAAUACAGAGCGAGCCAUCAGGACCUCUGUUGAGCUGCUGCAGGAUGCGAGGAACUUUACACCAAGCUAUGAAGAAUUUGACUACCCUGGGGAGAUUUUCACCCUGCCAGGCCCCUAUGAAGAUGAUGCCUUCCAAAACCUUCCUCUCUUCGAGAAUUGCUCCCCAGCCUCUUCUGAAUCCAGCUUAGACAUUUGCUUCCUUAGGCCUGUUAACUUCACGUCAGAACCAGAGAGGACAGAUCAUGCCUUACAACCGUUGCCUAAGAGCUGUACUCCUGUAAGCAGCAGCACUUACAAGCGUGAGAUGUUCCACAGCAAAGGCAAGCAGCUGAGCAGGUCCCUGAAGGAGCUGCCGAGGAGCGCUGAGGGUGUGAGCACCAGGCUCUACAGCACGAGGAGCAGCAGUGGAAGCCGACUCCAGCAGAAGCAGGAGAGAAAUGUCCAGCCUCACAUGAUCUCAGCUUCAGCUCGAAGCUCCCAAAGGAGCUACUUCCCCCCACAGAGAGGAGCGGGUGAAAAACAGAGCUUUUUGGAAGAGCUCCAUGCAGAAGACAACACCAGGUUCUGCCAGAAGGAUGACAAUGAGCAAACAUCCUUCAGCGACCACAACCCGCGGCACGAGCCCAAGGGGGGUUUCCGGAGCUCCUUCCGCAAGCUCUUCAAAAAGAAAUAAGCAGCCC